CACCGCCAGAGGGAGGGGAACCGGCGCGUCGACAGCAGAGCAGAACGGACAAACGGGUGUUGUUUUUCGAACGUGCAUGGUCAUCACAUUGAUGUGGCGGUGUGCGACAUGUUCUUGAACGACAUCACGCUGUUCGAUACGGUCGCACACGACGUGCCGGUGCGCGACACCGGUCGGCUGCAGUCUUGGUGGGUGACAACGGUGGGCGACAGGCUGGUGUAUCCUAUCCUACUACGAUCCGAUGACUGAAACCAGCAGACCGUGACAAACGGUGGGUGACAAGGCGGUGAACUUCGUCCCGCUGGGUGACAAACGGCGACUAACAGCGGGUGACAAACGUGUGACAAACGGCGACAAACAGCGGGUGACAAACAGCGGGUGACAAACAUGUGACAAACGGCGACAAACAGCGUGUGACAAACAUGUGACAAACGGCGACAAACAGCGGGUGACAAACGUGUGACAAACGGUGACAAACGGCGACAACACAGCGGGUGACAAACGUGCGACAAACGGUGACAAACGCUGACAAGUGCUGACAAACGGGUGACAAACAGCGACCGGCAAACGGUGGCAAACAGAGAGCGGGCAACGGUAACAAACGGUGGGUGACGGCGUGGUGAAGUACAUGACGUUGGGUGACAAGGGUGUGCGUGACAGGGUCGUGAAGAACUUCACGGUGGGUGACCGAACCGUGUGAGAGGAUCCACCACAGUCACCACCCCACCAUUACCAUCUCUCCUGUCCCUCACUGUGAACUCACUGUGAACGUUCAUUCGGAUCGUUGAUAGGUGAUCUCCAUCAUCAUAUUGCCUUGAUAGGUGAUCUCCAUCAUCAUAUUGCGAUCAUCAUAUUGAUCGGUAGUAGAUAGGUAGCCAUGGGAAUCAAGGGACUGACAAAGCUGUUGGCAGACAAUGCACCCCAGUCCAUGAAAGAACAGAAGUUCGAGAGCUAUUUUGGGAGAAAGAUUGCCAUCGAUGCAAGCCAAUGCAUUUACCAGUUCUUGGCUGUGGUUGGGCGGCAGGGGAGUGAUCUGCUGACUAACGAGGCUGGCGAAGUGACCAGCCACUUGCAGGGAAUGUUCAUGAGAACUGUCCGCUUGAUUGAAGCGGGAAUCAAGCCUGUGUACGUGUUUGAUGGCAAGCCACCGAAGCUGAAGGCGGACGAGCUGAGCAAGCGAACGGCUAGGCGAGAAGAGGCGGCAGAAGAUCUUGCAAAGGCUCAAGAGGCGGGUGCAGUGGAUGACAUAGAGAAGUACAGCAAGAGGACAAUCAAGCCCACAAGAUCGCAUAAUGAAGAUUGCCAGAAGCUGUUGACCCUGAUGGGAGUGCCAGUGGUGGUGGCCCCCUCGGAGGCAGAGGCAGAAUGUGUAUCGCUUUGCAAGGCGGGAAAAGUUUACGCUGUGGCGUCGGAAGAUAUGGACAGCUUGACAUUUGGCGCCCCCAGAUUGUUGAGGCAUUUGAUGGAGCCGUCAAGCAAGAAGAUCCCUGUCACAGAGUUCGAAAUCGACAAAGUGUUGGAAGGACUGGCGCUGACAAUGGACCAGUUUAUAGAUCUAUGUAUUCUGUGCGGUUGUGAUUACUUGGAAUCAAUCAAGGGAAUAGGACCCCAGACGGGGCUGAAGAUGAUCCGACAACAUGGUUCGUUAGAGAAGGUGAUUGAGCACCUUAACAAGGACAGGUACCAUUUGCCAGAAGUGUUUCCCUUCGAGGAAGCAAGGCGGCUUUUCAAGGAGCCAGAUGUCAGACCAGCGGACUCGACGAAUGAGCCCAAAUGGGGGUCCCCAGACGAGGAGGCGGUGAAAGCCUUUCUGGUCGAUGAGAAUGGAUUCAACAGCGAGAGAGUGGCAAAGGCGUUGGAAAAGAUCAAAGCUGCCAAGGGCAAGUCAUCACAGGGAAGACUGGAAUCGUUCUUCAAGCCCACGGUGAAGCCUCCUCCCAAUGCCAAUGCCGCACCACCUUCUGGGGGGGGGGGGGGAGUAAAGCGGAAGGACGCACCGGGAGAGGUCCAAGGCGCGGCCAAGGCAAAGGGCCGACAACCCCCAGCGAAGAAGGGAAAGCCUUCCAGCAAAACGGCGAAAAAAAAGUAAUGGCAAGACUGCCUGCCUUCCUGCCUGCCUGCCUGCUAAAACCUCCCGUCGCGAGUAGUCCGCAGA